AUGGAGGAGUCAAGGCAGUCAACCGCGGCCGGCGGGGACCACAUGAACGCCAUUAUCGUUACUUUAAAUGCAUUGAGGGCAUCCGUCGAAGAACUGCGAAAUAGCACGAUGGAUAGCCAACGUGAUAUUAUACGAUUGCGCGAGGGCAUGCAGCCGCCAAACGAAAUUGGGCAAAGUGCAACAGUGCAGCCAGCACAGGGCGAAUCAAGCCAAAUGGUCGUGCCAGCGACAGAUUCGCAGGUGAAGUUGUAUGAUUUGCCCACAUUUGGGGGCAAUGCAGAAGAGUGGCCCCUCUUCUUCGCCAACUUUAACGACACAACAGAAGCAUUUAGGUAUAGCCACCGACAAAAUCUUAUGCGCCUGCAGAAGUGCCUGGUUGGGGCGGCCAAAGAAGCGGUAGCUUCACUACUUAUUUACCCCGAGGAUGUGCCGAACGUGCUGAACGAACUGCAGUUCAGAUUCGGUAGACCCGACAUCUUGGUAAAAUGGCAGUUAAAUAAAUUGCAACAAUUUCCGACAAUACCCGAGCACAAACCUGAACAAAUAGUACCUUUUUCUACUAGGGUGCGCAACGUAGUUGCAUUUUUGAAAUCGGCAAAGUGCCAGCAACAUUUAGCAAACGUCUCGCUUUUAGAGCAAAUGAUUUGUAAGUUGCCACAAAACAAGCAGUUUGACUGGGCAAAGCACGCUGUUGACAUUAAACCAUACCCGACCAUCGAGGAUUUUUCGAAGUGGCUUAGUGAGCUAGCAAGAGUUGUGUGUUUAAUGCCGACAAGCAGUGCACACAGUCACAAGCAGAAUUCAUCUGCAAGCAAUCCCCGGCGUGUAAUGCACAUCCAGGACGAAAGACCAACAGAGACGGUGGCAUGUUCUCAGUGCGGCGGCGAUCAUUUAAUCUCGAAGUGCGAUAAGUUUAAGGCGUUGGGUGUUCAAGCGAGAUGGGAAGUUGUUAAGAGCCGGCAGUUGUGCUUUUCCUGCCUGCGCAAAGGCCAUAGUACAUCGAAAUGUCGCUCCAAAAGAUCGUGUGGUAUAAAUAGCUGCCAGCGGUACCACAAUCAGUUGUUGCACAACGACGAAAGCCGACUAAAUACAUCACGGCAAAUUACACAAGAUGAAAACACUCAGCCACUGUUGAACUGUCGCCUUGUGCAAGCAGCAACUAAGCAGUUGUUUAAGAUGCUACCGGUCAAUAUCUACGGACCUAAUGGUAAGUUCGCAGUCCUGGCAAUGUUCGACGAAGGUUCGGCAAUAACGAUCCUGGAAGAAGCCGUCGCCAAAAGGAUUGGUGUUAAAGGGCAGUGUCAUCCCCUCACACUGCAAUGGUACGAUGAUAUAGUGGUGACCGAGCAGUCAUUUAAAGUAAGUCUGGAGAUUGCGGGUUGCUCGAGCAGCAAGAGGUUCACGCUGAGAGAUGUGCGCACGGUGAAAAAUCUAAAUUUACCAGAACAGUCCUUUACAAAAGACGACUUCGAACAUUUACGAGAAUUGCCGCUACCAGAUUACCCCAGCACGAAACCUGUCCUGCUCAUUGGGCUGAAUCAGGCACAUCUAGGUGUUACCACAACCAUAGUACAAGCUGACAUAGGCAGUCCGCUAGCUGCCAAAACGUCAUUGGGUUGGGUGGCAUAUGGUCCGACUAAGCUUGCGUCAACGUCAAGUCUGCGAGUACUCCACAUGCGAGAAUGGCAACAUCUGCACCAACUGGUCUCGGACUACAUCACAACGGACAACUACGGUUUUAAUCCUGCAUCAGUCAAGCUUGAGUCUGAUGCCGAUAAGCACGCCAAAUCCAUAUUGGAGGCAACAACGCGAAUAAUAGGUAAGCGUUACGAAACUGGGCUUCUUUGGAAAAUGUUUCCACCACACUUUCCGAGUAGCAGAGAAAUGGCGGAACGGCGCUUGCUGUCGGUAGAAAGGCGCAUGCAUCAAGACGCAGAAUUUGCUCUACGUUACAAGCAAGAAAUGUCGAAAUACGUGGCGAAAGGGUACGCCAGAAAGCUAACCAGCCAGGAAAUCAGCGCGCCAUAUGCACAAGCCUGGUAUCUACCUCAUUUUGCUGUCUUUAACCCAAGCAAGCCCAGCAAACUCCGCAUCGUCUUCGACGCCGCAGCUACAGUGAAUAAGGUUUCACUGAACUCAGUCUUGUUAAAGGGCCCCGAGCAGGCACAGCCACUCAUACGCAUACUAUUGCAAUUCCGCCAGGGCGAAAUUGGCGUAGCAGCGGAUAUAAGAGAGAUGUUUUCGCAGGUUAAAGUACGAUCGAUGGACCAACAUGCUCAGCGAUAUUUGUGGAGAGAUGGAGACCCCAAUCAACCGAUCGAAGAAUAUAUGAUGACGUCGAUGAUCUUCGGGGCAGUUUGUUCGCCUUGCAUCGCAGAGCAUGUUAAAAACAAAAACGCAGAAAGGUUCAGAAUUCAGUUUCCCGAAGCAGCCUCCAUUGUUAUUAACAAUCACUAUGUCGAUGACCUGGUGACUAGUUUUCACACGCCGGAGCACGCAAUCAAAAUUUGCAAACAGAUAGUUGCCAUCAAUUCGGAAGCCGGGUUCGAAUUGCGGAACUUCAUCUCUAAUUGCGGCUACAUAGAGAAAGCCAUGAACAAAACACCUCUAACGACAAGGGAGGUAAUUAAUAUGGAACGCAACCAGACGGCUGAUAAAGUACUUGCCAGUGCUAGAGGGAAUUCGCGCUCCGACAAAAAGAGAACUACUGGGCAUAGUGAUGGCAGUCUUCGACCCAUUUGGGCUACUAGCGAACUUUUUGAUAACUACGAAAAUCAUCAUACAAGACACUUGGAGACUAGGCAUUGGAUGGGACGAGAAGUUAGAUGCUGA